UACAUAUCUAGCCAAAGAGGUUUUUUUUUUUUGUUUUUUGUUUUGUCUUUAUAAAGUCAAGUAAGGGUCUGGAGAGAACGCUGACUGCUCAGAGAACCUUUGUCUUUUCUAAAGCCCGGCCCAGGAUGCGAGCCAGGGCUCAGAGACGCCGCGCCUGUUGCCACGUCUGCUUUCGGUUUCUGGGCGUCUCCAUUUUGGGGACCCUAAGGCACGCAGCGAAGUCUCUGAGACCUGAGCCUCUCAAGCGGCCACUUAGGGGCGGACAGUUCGCGGGAACAUUAACAAAGGAAUGCAGUAGAACAAAGGUCACUGGUGUUCACAGAUUGUGGAAUUCAGCAAUGGCCUCGAUUCAGUUUUGGUGAAAUGGCGGCCAUUCUCAUCUUCUCGGAGCCCUUCUCUUUGCUCACACUCGGGGCGAUUCUGCCCCCGCAAGAGUACUCUGGGGACGUCCUUAUCGCUGGGAGAGUACGGUCGCAUCUCAUUCCUGAACCUGUUGGGCUUGCUGGGCGCGUCACCUGGCUAGCAGCUUGGGCCAGCUCCGCAGGCUGACUUUCCUGGACGCCUACUGAAGAGUCCGCUCCUAUCUGUGUUCUUUCCAGUGUCUCGUUCCAGUCAGUUUUCUGGAGGUCUCCAGCGAAGACCGGCGACAAAGCCGUUGUUGAGUGGGAUGGGCCGGCGACCGCCCGGUAGUGUCUCUAUUGCAAGAACUCUGAAAGAAUGGAGAGAGCCCUCAGCAAUGAUGUUGGCUUCUCGUGGUUCCCAGAGCCCUGCUUAAUGGAUGGAGACUGGACGAGAACCUGGCUGCUGUGGUUCUGAACAUGGCCCAGAGCCCUGUGUCUGCCGAGGUCAUUCACCAGGUGGAAGAGUGUCUUGAUGAAGAUGAGAAGGAGAUGAUGCUCUUCCUGUGUAGAGAUGUGACUGAGAACCUGGUUCCACCUAACGUCAGGGACCUCCUGGAUAGCUUAAGUGAGAGAGGCCAGCUCUCUUUUGCUACCUUGGCUGAACUGCUCUACAGAGUGAGGCGGUUUGACCUUCUCAAGAGGAUCUUGAAGACAGACAAAGCAACCGUGGAGGACCACCUGCGCAGAAACUCUCACCUGGUUUCUGAUUAUAGGGUCCUGCUGAUGGAGAUUGGUGAGAGCUUGGAUCAGAAUGAUGUUUCCUCCCUAGUUUUCCUUACCAGGGAUUACACAGGCAGAGGCAAGAUAGCCAAGGACAAGAGUUUCUUGGAUCUGGUGAUUGAAUUGGAGAAACUGAAUCUGAUUGCUUCAGACCAAUUGAAUUUAUUAGAAAAAUGCCUGAAGAACAUCCACAGAAUAGACUUGAACACAAAGAUCCAGAAGUACACCCAGUCCAGCCAAGGAGCAAGAUCAAAUAUGAAUAUUCUCCAGGCUUCGCUCCCAAAAUUGAGUAUCAAGCAUAACUCAAGGCUCCAGAAUGGGCGAAGUAAAGAGCCAAGAUCUGUGGAACACCGUGGCAUUCAAAGAACACUGGUGAAGACAUCUAUCCAGGAAUCGGGAGCUUUUUUACCUCCGCACAUCCGUGAAGAGACUUACAGGAUGCAGAGCAAGCCUCUAGGAAUCUGCCUGAUCAUUGAUUGUAUUGGCAACGACACAAAAUAUCUUCAAGAGACCUUCACUUCCCUGGGCUAUCAUAUCCAGCUUUUCUUGUUUCCCAAGUCACAUGACAUAACCCAGAUUGUUCGCCAUUUUGCGUGUACGGCCCAACAUCAAGACUAUGACAGCUUUGUAUGUGUUCUGGUGUGCCUAGCAGGCUCCCAAAGCAUGAUGGGCAGAGAUCAAGUUCACUCAGGGUUCUCCUUGGAUCAUGUCAAGAACAUGUUCACGGGGGACACGUGCCCUUCUCUCAGAGGGAAGCCAAAGCUCUUUUUUAUUCAGAACUACGAGUCGUUAGGUAGCCAGUUGGAAGAUAGCAGCCUGGAGGUAGAUGGGCCAUCAAUAAAAAAUGUGGACUCUAAGCCCCUGCAACCCAGACACUGCACAACUCACCCAGAAGCUGAUAUCUUUUGGAGCCUGUGCACAGCAGACGUAUCUCACUUGGAGAAGCCCUCCAGCUCAUCCUCUGUGUAUCUGCAGAAGCUCUCCCAGCAACUGAAGCAAGGCAGGAAACGCCCACUCGUGGACCUCCACGUUGAACUCAUGGACAAAGUGUAUGCGUGGAACAGUGGUGUUUCUUCUAAAGAGAAAUACAGCCUCAGCCUGCAGCACACUCUGAGGAAGAAACUCAUCCUGUCUCCUACGUGAGAACCCCGAACCGUUGGCAUUCUUGGUAUGAGCCGUAAACUCCUGUGCCUGGGAAACCGUCUCACUCCCGCCACCGUGCCUUUACCGCUCUGAUGGACAGUAAACUUCCCUGCUUACAUUCCUAGGUGGGAUGUUUUGCCAGAGUGUGGAGAAAAGUAAGACAUAAACCUAUUGUCUUUUUUGGGGGGGAGGGGUUAUCUACCAAAUUAUUAUAUGGGUGUAUAGUGUAUGGUUCAAGAUUUGACACUGAAUGUAACUUGAGACUUACCUGAGUUUGUCAUGCGACUGGAUAAAUUGUUUCUAUGGCACAUCUAAUCAUUUAAUAAGUUAUUAGCUCAUUAAGUACCCAUUGCUUCAGGACUUUCACAUUGGCCGCCAAUUUCUGUGACCCAGCUCCACAUUUAUAUUCUUUUUCUGCAAAAACAAAUUUCAUUAUGUCUGUUUAAUAUUUACAGUAUAAUGCUUUGUAACACAUCUAGACCAUGAGCACAGGAGAGCUGGCCCUGACCCUCGCCAGCUGUGCAAUGGCUUAGGUGAAGGAGAACUAGCCCUGCUCCUUGAAGGUUGUAAUGCUUGGGAGAGUAGUCUGUACCUUGCCUGGGCAGCACAGUAGAGCCAGCCCCAAGAACACAACAGUGAGUGGGGGAGCUCGCCCUGGUUGGCUCAGGAUCAGGAACAGGAGUGAUGACCAACUUGGGGCUUUGAGGUGGCCCACCCCAGCAUCCACAUCAUCUGUGAACUGCCAGAGCCUGUGAAGGGGCUGGUCCUGUAGAACUAAGGCUGCAGGAUCUCCAUGACAACAACAGGGCAACAACAGGGUAUCUGAGAAGGGUCCCCGUGAGGAUCCAGUAUUUAUAGUGCACCAGAAGCCAGAGGCCUCGAAUCAGACCAGUGACCCACUGCACUGAGUAAAGAUGUGAGUAAGUAAAGAUGUGUGGACACACGGAAAUACUGAGGGACACACAGGAGCUUUUAUGGAGAUGUUUUAUUUUUUUGUUUUUUGUUUCUUUGACAGGAACAGAUUGCAAGGGCAGAGAGUAGAUAAGGAAGCUGGAGACACGAGUGGGGUUGGGUGCAUGAUAUAGAAUUCACAAAGAAUCAAAAAAACUAAAAAAUAAAAAGGUUGCCUAGUGAGAUUACUUAUUUAUGAUUUAUAUAGCUAGCUUUUCUUUGUAACAAGAGCAGAUAGAAUUUACUUAUUUAUUAAAUACUAUUGAAGCAAGGUUGUAACGUACGUAGCAAAAGUCCUGCCAUACCAGUACUAGCGUGGGGAGGCCAAAGGAUCACAUGUUCUGAGCCAGUCUAGGUAUGUAGUAGCUGUGUAAUGAGAUUGUGUGUUCGCCUGUUUGUGAGAGGGAGGAGAGAGAUAAAUUCCAAAACAUGUAACACAGUAUAAUUUUAUUAGCUGCUAUAAAACAUGGUUAUUUUACUUUGUAUACUCUUGAGUAACCUAAUAGUAUAAUCUCUAUCUCUAUUGAAGGAUAGUAGUCAAACCCCUCCCCUCAGGGUUUAGGGAUCUGUUCCAAAGAGGAGGCAGAAAGACUGAGAGCCAGAGGUGGUGAAAGGCUCCAGGGAAGCCGCAUCUUCCAGACAGAACAGGACCCAGGCACAUGUGACUGACAGCACAGGUUCAAACCAGACAUAGUCCCAGCACUGAGAAAGGGAGGCGAAGUUGUGGGCCAUUGUGCUCACACCUGAGCACAGUGGGAAUCAGGAGUGUCCAACCCUCAGGGCUGUCUCGUCAGAGGGAGAGAUGUAUAACCUGUUUCUGCCCAGAAGGCAGGAACAAUGCGAUUCGUAGCUGGUGGUCUCUGCACUAUUUGUACCGCCAAGCCACACCGCCUUCCUCAGACUCAAGUUCAUGUCAGUCAAUCAGCAGUCUGCCCUCCCUGCCACCCUCAUCAGGACCACUGUUUUCCCUGAGCCUGCUUCCUCAGUUAAUUCAGAGAACCUAUCUGUAUGCAAGAUGUUGCUUGUACUCUACAGCCGUCUCUUAAGCUUUUCUGUACACACACGACUGGUUAAUUACCACCAGAAACUAGUUUAAAAUUGUGCUGUGCCUAAAAUAAACUACUUGGGGCCAGACUCCAGAAGUUUGGACAAAAACUGUCCACUGAGUCACGUUGAGACAGACUUUCUUUUUGCUUCUCUUGGAUCAACACCCUGCUGGUUAAGGUGUUUGCAGAGAUCCCCACGAAGGGGAGAUUGUGCAGUAGAUAGCUGCCGAGAAAGGGAAGUCAGCUUUCUCCAGUGGAGUGUUAUUGGACAUAUCUACUACCCGUCAGGGCAGGCCCCAGACCCAGGAGAAAUUGGCUAACAUAAAACGGACUCUGUGUGCUUCUCUUUUUAUUGACUUUCUUUUUUUUUCUUUCUUUUUUUUUUUUUUUUUGGUUGU